ACCCAAUAAGCACAUAAGCAGCGAUCGAAGCUAAAUAAUAAAACACACAGAAGAGCGAAAGCUCUCUCAGACAUUCAAAUCUGAAAGCAAUACUAAAACACAAGUCACGAAGAUUGAAUCGGAGGAGAAGCAGAAGCAGUAUUACUAAAGAAAUCGUUGGGCUCAAAAAAAUCCCAAACACUUGGUUUUUUCGGGCUUUUUGGGUCCCGCUUCUCAUUGCCCCGCUUCCCUUUCAUCUUCAAUUCGAAAUUAGAAUCUGUUGCUCUGUUCUCUCAAAGCUUCAAUCAUUUAUCCAAACUCCUCCCACUGAUCUCGAUUUGCUCCUACUGAAAAAUUUCGAGAAUUCUCUCAACUUCAUAGCAUCCGAAUUGGGCGUGAAUUAAAACAAUAAUGCUGGGUUUUUUUCUGCUCUGAUUCAGUUUCUUCUUCUUACCCUCUCGUGAAGUUUAGUUGGUGAUUGGUCCUUUCUUAUGGAUUGAUUUGGUAUCUCCAAGCUAGGGUUUUCUUAAUCUAUUUUGAUACUGAAUCAGCAGCCAAGGUUGAAUUUUGAGGUUCUUGGCCUAGUGUAAGCUGAUUAGUAAUAAUGACCCCUAGGGUUUUGGAUUUGGGGAGAUGAGAUUUGGCGCUUUUUGCAUUUCUACUCCUCCUAGAAUUUCAAGCUUCUGCUUGAGUUCUUGAAAUGCUCUUGGAUUUGAGUUUGAGGAUAAAUAAUAAUACGUUGAUGAGUUGGGGUUGUUUGUGUGAAGGAUAACUAAAAGCUGAGAGGGUGCAUUUAUUUUGUUGUGCACUCCCUCUGACUCUGUCGUCUAGUUUCGUUUUAUUAGAAGAAGAAGAAGAAGCAGAAAGAAGUAUGCAGCGGUUUCAAGAUCCUAGGAUUGAUCUAGCUGAGCUGAAACUGCAAGUUGUGAAGAAGAUUGGGGUUGAAAGAUCUAGAAGGUAUUUUUACUACUUGGGCAGGUUUCUGAGUCAGAAGCUUACUAAGAGUGAGUUUGAUAAGUCAUGUUGCCGUCUUUUGGGGAGGGAGAAUCUUUCUCUACACAACAAGUUGAUUCGUUCCAUCUUGAGAAAUGCAUCUCUGGCUAAAUCCCCACCUCCACUUCACCAAACUGGUCACCCUAACAAGUCUUUGGUGGUUGGGAAAGAGGAUGGACCUGAACAAAGCGGAUCUCUGAUCCCUAACCAUAAUAGGAAUGAUCAUGUUUGGUCUAAUGGGGUGUUAGCAGACAAGGUUAGGUCUGGAAUAUGUGACAAGGAUAGGCCUAGUCCACUUGGCUUAAACGGAAAGGUUGAAAGUCUGUUGCAUCAGCCACUUUGUAGAGAAGACAAAAGCGGUCCUUUUGAUUAUCAAAGAUCAAGUCGAUACGGUGAUGAAAGAGACGGUGCAUUUCUUUGUCCUGCUGACAAAAUGAGGGUAGCAGAUAAGGGUCAGGUUGCAGCUACAUUUAGCAGAGAUGAUAAAGCUCAAGAGGAUCAAGGUAGAUUGAAUCUUUCCAUGUGUCCUGUGAUUGCACCUCUAGGGAUUCCAUUUUGCUCGGCUAGUAUCGGUGGGUCUCGCAGAACAGUUCCAAAUUCGACCAGCGCAGAUGUUAGCAGUUGCUAUGACAGUGGUGGACUGUCAGACACAGAGAUGCUGAGAAAGCGGAUGGAGAAUAUUGCAGUAGCACAGGAUCUUGGAGGGGUUUCAACAGAGUGUUCUAGUAUGUUAAAUAACAUGUUGGACGUUUACCUGAAGAAACUGGUGAAAUCGUGCCUUGAUUUGGCUGGAGCUAGGUCCAUGAAUGGAACGCUCGGAAAACAAAGUUUAGACAAACAGCAGAUCCGAGACAAGAUUGUAAAUGGGGUGCACAUACAAACUAGCAACCAACCAUCUGACAUAACUCAAGAACAAGUUUCAGUGUCUUUGCUUGAUUUUAGAGUUGCAAUGGAGCUAAAUCCGCAUCAACUUGGUGAAGACUGGCCGUUGCUACGGGAGAGGAUUUCCAUGUGUUCAUUCGAGGAACGAGAAGGGGUGUGAAAGAAAAUGUUUGGUAUGUUGGACACUGCAAUUUGUCUGAGUAAGCUCUCUGGUCCAAUAACUGGCCACUGAUUUUGGUAGCAAACCGAUUCUUAAGCUACGCAUCCUCUGAUGGACCUCUGAUGGCUGAGCGACACACAACUAUGUCCUGCAGCUGCGGACUCGGGGCAGGUUAGUAGAUAUAUACAAAAGAAGCUAAGCCUGAAGAACCGCAUUUGAAUAUAUGUGUUGUUGGAAGAUCAAAAGUAAUUUGGUCAUCCCAGUGAGUUUCAAGCUUGGUGUGUAACACGCAGGCCGCUAAGGGAAUCAAGAGAAAGUUUUGGCCGAGAAACUGUGGGUUUUAGGAAGGAAGAUACAAACAAUCAUGUAAUUGCUGCAGUAUUGCUCUCUGUAUGUAACAUAGUCUUAGAGUUGUUUUAGAAUUCAUAUCUUGAGGACACAUUGACAUCACUUUUACAUUUACAUUACAUUUUUGUUUUAUCAUUUCAAUGAAAAAGAAAAUUUCAAAUUCA